AUGACGUACGUUACACUGUCAAAUGCAUUACAUGCACUGUUGAUUACCGCAAUCCUCCUUGCUCUCAUUUUCGUGGAAUUAGCCGGAAAUCGAGAUGACAAUGAUACCCUUCCGGUGGCAUCUCCAGCACCAAGUCAAAAGACACAAAAGACUACACGGCCUGACUUUCGUCUUUUGCUGUUUGGAGGUUUAUUUGUGGGUUAUCUCGUUACCAAAGUCUGGGAGAUGACGAUAACCAGGGAUUCAUUAGCAUAUAAGAAAUUCUGGGACGAUGUAAGUCUUCUAAUUGGGUGUGCUAGUCUAGUAGCUGCAGUCUACAUUAUAGCAAUAAAGUUUACGUAUUGUGUUCUUGCACCGGCUUAUGGAGCAGUAGUCAUGGGAUGGGGAUUAUCUAGAUGUGGAUUACUUAAGUGGUUUCAUAUUCCUAUUCAAGCACACACAAUAAAACAACGGGAAUUUGAUGAAUCUCUUAGAAACGCUGACCCAUUGCUACCUAUUCGAGAUUAUGAAGCAGCUAUCGUGAUUAUUGACUCAAAAAAAGAAAAGUUAGAUGAAGCAUCGGAGAAAGCUUUAAUCUUUAAGUCUCGCAUGGAUGAUUGUUUGAAAGAAUGGGAUAGGAUGAUAUCAAAUGUCCGAAAGGGGAGGGCUACAGAGACAACAACUAUCCUGCCAGUGACGACGGUGACGGAUCCGGAAUCUAUAUGCUUGGUGGUAGCAUCCAAUACAUCAGUGUGGCGAAUGCCGAUCAGAUUCUUACCAAGCCUCACAAGAAAUCAAGAAGGCUUCCAUCAGCUAUUGGACGGUCACCACGAUCGGUAA